AAAUGGUGCAGGGGAGAGGAGAAGCGAGGCGAGCGGGAGAAAUCGCCCUCAGAGCCUGAGCGGGCGUUUAGAAAGCGAGGGUUUCGAGGUGGAGGAGAAGGAGAGGGACGGGCGAAGAAGGCGCGAGGGAUAAAGAGAGAGGGGAGGGAGGGGGAGUGAGAGAGAGAGACAGGGCGGUGGUCAAAGGCGAAGCUCCUCCGGCAGAGGCGCUUAGGGUUUCGGCGGCGCGGCGGCGAUAAGCGUCGUUGGGUCAUACUUUUUAUUCUUUCAGUCACACCUGGGGGUGAUCUGGUGCUGCACAACUGUUGUUAUUUAAUGACAGGAGAAUGGCAUUAGUAUGAAUUCCACACAAUUUGCAGAAGAAAAACCAUACUAACUAUCAGAGAAGGAACUACAUGAGCUUGACCACAAAUUCUUGUGCUCAUUUUGCAACUAGACAAUGGGAAUAUCAGCAUGUUGCAAAGACUGCAUGAUUGAAUCUUCCAGCUAUUUAUCUGUUUCUUGAGCCAAAAUGACACUUGAAGAUUUUUUCACUCUUACUGAGAUGAAGGAUGGGCUUUCAAAUCUUGCUAGAGUUGAAGAGCUAAUUUCUAUGCUUCAAAAGCUAAAAGAUUGCAUUAUAAAUAAUGCUGGUGAUGCAGCAAGACAAUGGUCAACUGUUGUAGGCACCUUAGCGGCCACAGGAAGCAAGGGAUGUCUUGAUCACUUUGUUCAGUUAAAUGGACUUUGUUUUCUAAAUCAGUGGCUUCAGGAGGCUCAGAAGUGCAGUAUCAAUGCCAAUGACGGUGUUGUGGAAGAAUUGAUAAUUAAACUAUUAGCAUUGCUUGAAAAGCUUCCAAUCAACAGUGAAAAGUCAAAUUCUUCUGGGGUUGGAAUUACUGUUGAACGGCUCCUUAGUCACGAUAACCUUCUAAUCAAGGAAAGGGCAAAAAUUCUGUAUAAUAAGUGGAAACAUGCAGAAAAUGCUGAGGGGAGUUGCAGUGAUUCUGAGAAAGGUGAAAACAGUCAUAUUGAACAACCUAAACCUUCAGAUAAUGCACAGAUUAUUGAAGACGGCACAUCCUCUGUAUAUCCUGUCUUUGGUAUUUCUGCAUCCAAAGGAGGAGCUGAUGAUGGGAGUUGUAAAGUAGAAUCAGGAGGGACUGAAUCCCACCAAUCAGAUGUUACCAGAUGCUCAGACAGUUUACAGAAACCUGAUUCCAUUAUCAGUGAGAGAACUUGUGUUCAAAAUCAAACUGAGACUGCAACCUCUUCAACCUCUGCUGAUGCAAAUGUUACUUUAGGAGAUGCCAAUUCAUCGGGAUCAUCGCUCAUUUCAAACUCUUGUCAGGAGACAUUAUCUGUUACGGAAGAGUCUUCUGUUUGCCCUGCUGCAGGAUUGCCUUCCUCUGGCACAUGCAGUUCACAAUUUGCUAGGGGAGAAGAUGAUCAACCCAAUGUGUCAGUGUCGAAGGAUGCUUCUGAUGCUGAUUGUGUUAAAGAGAUGAAGGUGAAUACAGUGGAAGAGAACCUAUCUGAAUCUGCUCAGAUAGAAAUAUGCAAUGUUCCACCAUCUUCCAGUUUAUCUGCUUCCGCAUCUGAAGAGAUUGCUGCAACAGAACCCACUGUAUUGUGCAAUUUAGAUUCUCAUAAGAAUGAAGCUCAUCCAUUGGAGACUGGGGGACCGGAGCCAGAGAUUGGGGGUGGUGACUGCAGGGUGCCAAAUUGUUUGGGCAAACAGGUUGCACAUGUCGCAAAGAAUUUUCAAGAUCUAUAUAGUCAAUCAUGCAUGAUUGGAAAGCUAGAUGGUUCUGUUAAUUCUCAACAGAGGGAGGAAGAUGUCGAAAAUGAUGGUGGCAUUAAAAAUCUUGGCAGCGAGGUUGAUUUAAAGCUAAGCAAAGGUGUGGUGAUUCCCUGUCAUUCUUCCAAAGAAAAGGAGACGAAAGCAAGUGGGGUGCUCAACCAAAAGUCAGAUUUGGGUCUUGAGUAUGAGAUUGAUGCAUUAGAAGUUGCAAGGCAAGUGGCUAUACAAGUGGAACGGGAAGUUGUUGACUAUAGAGAACCUUUUAGCAGCUCUCCUGAGGUCAAUUCUGGAGAGAUGACUGGUGCCUAUAGCCCUGAUGUUGAAGAAGGAAAGCAGGAUCAAUCAGUGAUUGGUGAAGUGAAUGGAAAUAAAUCACCAGCUCAUGAAAAAGAUCACUCUGGUAAUGCCUCUUCUCUGAAGGAAGAUGGUUCAGGAAUCACAGAGAAUAUUAGCACUGAUCCUGAAAAACCUGAGCAAGGUUUAGAGUCAAGUAAGUUGAAUUUCUCUGUUCAAGAACCACUUGGCAAGUCUGGUGGGAAUAGAUGUAUCUUUGAUCUGAAUGCAAAUAUUUCUGCUGGGGAAUCUGAUUGCUUAGUGAGGCCCAUCCAUGGGGUGCCAGUCAAUGUGUCUGCACCCAUAGCUGUUGUUGCUGCUCCAAAAGGGUCUCCAGGAUUGCCAGUUACCCCUCUCCACUUUGGAGGUGAACUGGGAUGGAAGGGCUCUGCUGCCACAAGUGCUUUUCGACCAGCAUCCCCUCGAAGAACUCCAGAUGGUGAAAAGAUGCAUUUGAGCCCUAAACAGAAACCAAGCUUCCUUGGGAUUGAUCUGAAUGUGGCUGAAAGCGAGGAUGAUGUUGCUAAUGAACCAUUAUCUGUGAAACAAUUACCUGCUUCCUCUGGCUUGCCUUCUGGGGAUUCUUCUAUUGAAGUCAGUUCAAGACGAGCAGAAAGGCUGAUGUUGGAUCUUAACCGCCUUGGGGAUGAGGAUGCACCGACCGAUUUAUCCUCGAAUUGGAAGAUCCAUCCCCAGAUUGGGGAUCAAAGCUUGUCUUCUCCAUCAUCAUCAUCUUCAAGACAGAAUUCCAUGAGAGACUUUGACUUGAAUGAUCACCCAUUUUUCGUUGAUGCUGGUGGUUCACAUAACUUUGAUAAACCAUCUUGCGAGGCCCGUGGCACAUCUGGAGGAUCAAAACUAAAAGAACCUGUUAUCACAAUCAUGGGUGCAAGAGUUCCUGUUGAAAGGAAGGAUCGUGCCAACCAAGUUCAGCAUGCCUUUCUUGGGGCCGGACUGAAUAUGAAGUCUGGGGUAGCUGCUAGAGCGGUGCUGCCUUACUCCCACCUGCCCCCACCUGCUUAUGGGUAUACUGGACUUGGGACAGGGCCUACCAUGUCUAUUCCUCCAGCAUACUAUGUACCUGGGAACAUUCCUUACAUGGUGGAUUCUAAAGGAGUUCCUGUAACACGUUUUUUGGACCCAGGACUGAAUGGUGCACCAUCCGCAAGGCCGCCUUUUCUUAUGAGUGUAACGAAUGCACCUGCAAGUUCAAAUUCGUAUGGGGUUUUCCGACCUGGUCUGGAUUUGAAUUCUGGGAUGGUGUCAGUGGAGGGUGGGGGCAGGGAAGGUGGAAGUUUUAAGCAAUUCAUUUGGCAAGGGCAGAAUGGUUUGAUGGAAGAACAAAUGAGGACUUCGUCACAGCCUUCCAGUUCAGGGAUGAUACCGAAACGGAAGCAGCCAGACUCUGGGUGGGAGCCGUCUCAUGCUUAUGGUCACAAACAGGUGACAUCAUGGCAAUAGCCUUUUUUCCCUCUUAAAUUUUCAUCUCUAGGCAGCUUGGUCAUAGGACGUGCCUUCAUUGGUCCUUGAAGGUGGUGGGCCAAUUCAACCAUGUGAGAAAGAUAAAAAAAAUAAUAAUAAUGCUGGUUAUAGAUAUUUGAUGGAAUUUAAAAAUGUAGGUUUAAUUGUUUACAUGCCUGUUCUUUGUUGUUGAUUGAUUAUAGAGGCAAUUUCAGCUGGUGGAAGCUGAAUUCAUGUAUAUCUUAUAAAUAUUCUAACAUAGUGAAGGGAGUUGUUGACUUUUUUGGAAUUUGGUUAUCAUGGGUGUAUAUGAUAGUAAAUUUUUUUUUUGCCAUCUCGAGUCCUGCUUAGUCUUUCACUUUUCAUCAAGUGACUGAAUCAAUUAUUGAAAGUAUUCUUGCAA